UACAUUCAUUUGCGUCAAUUUAAAAGAAUGACGGUUCAACUUGCGUAUGUUUUAGCCUUUAUGAGCCUGCCAUUUUCUGCUUUGUUACAAAUUAUACAGAUACGAAUUGAGCAGCCAACUAUGCAUUUAGAAAACGAUCUGGCGAUCGUCUGUUACAUCUCCAAUCCUGGAGACAAUGCUUUAGUAUUCAGCUUAGAAUUGCAAAUGAACAAGACUGGGUCGUUUCAACGUAUUGUGUUCAUGUAUAGUGAUGAUAAAGAUAUUUGGAAAGAUCCGGUUUUGCAAAACAUCUCAAAGGUUUCUGGGUCAUUAUACCCCCCUAGCUCAGCAGAGUUGAGACUAACCAUUGAUAAGAAGAAAAUGCAAUGUCCAGAUGAUUUCGCCAUGUUUAGAUGUAAAGUGAGAGGUUUUGACCAAGUCACUCAUAAUGUAGAAGAACAGUUCACGGAACCCAUCAGUGUGUCUUACUGUACUUUAUUACCAAGUAUACAGAUACGAACUGAGCAGCAACAAAUGCAUUUAGAAAACGAUCUGGCGAUCGUCUGUUACAUCUCCAAUCCUGGAGACAUUGCUUCAGUAUUUAGCUUAGAGUUGCAAAUGAACAAAACUGGGUCGUUUCAACGUAUUGUGUUCAUGUAUAGUGAUGAUAAAGAUAUUUGGAAAGAUCCGGUUUUGCAAAACAUCUCAAAGGUUUCUGGGUCAUUAUACCCCCCUAGCUCAGCAGAGUUGAGACUAACCAUUGAUAAGAAGAAAAUGCAAUGUCCAGAUGAUUUCGCCAUGUUUAGAUGUAAAGUGAGAGGUUUUGACCAAGUCACUCAUAAUGUAGAAGAACAGUUCACGGAACCCAUCAGUGUGUCUUACUGUACUUUAUUACCAAGUAUACAGAUACGAACUGAGCAGCCACAAAUGCAUAUAGAAAACGAUCUGGCGAUCGUCUGUUACAUCUCCAAUCCUGGAGACAUUGCUUCAGUAUUUAGCUUAGAGUUGCAAAUGAACAAAACUGGAUCGUUUCAACGUAUUGUGUUCAUGUAUAGUGAUGGUAAAGAUAUUUGGAAAGAUCCGGUUUUGCAAAACAUCUCAAAGGUUUCUGGGUCAUUAUACCCCCCUAGCUCAGCAGAGUUGAGACUAACCAUUGAUAAGAAGAAAAUGCAAUGUCCAGAUGAUUUCGCCAUGUUUAGAUGUAAAGUGAGAGGUUUUGACCAAGUCACUCAUAAUGUAGAAGAACAGUUCACGGAACCCAUCAGUGUGUCUUACUGUACUUUAUUACCAAGUAUACAGAUACGAACUGAGCAGCCACAAAUGCAUAUAGAAAACGAUCUGGCGAUCGUCUGUUACAUCUCCAAUCCUGGAGACAUUGCUUCAGUAUUUAGCUUAGAGUUGCAAAUGAACAAAACUGGAUCGUUUCAACGUAUUGUGUUCAUGUAUAGUGAUGGUAAAGAUAUUUGGAAAGAUCCGGUUUUGCAAAACAUCUCAAAGGUUUCUGGGUCAUUAUACCCCCCUAGCUCAGCAGAGUUGAGACUAACCAUUGAUAAAAAGAAAAUACAAUGUCAAGAUGCUAUCGCCAUGUUUAGAUGUAAAAUGAGAGGUUUUGACCAAGUCACUCAUAAUGUAGAAGAACAGUUCACGGAACCCAUCAGUGUGUCUUACUGUGCUUUAUUAUUAAGUAUACAGAUAAGAGCUGACCAGCCACAAAUGCAUUUAGAAAACGAUCUGGCGAUCGUCUGUUACAUCUCUAAUCCUGGAAACAUUGCUUCAGUAUUUAGCUUAGAGUUGCAAAUGAACAAAACUGGGUCGUUUCAACGUAUUGUGUUCAUGUAUAGUGAUGAUAAAGAUAUUUGGAAAGAUGCGAUUUUGCAAAACAUCUCUAAGGUCUCGGGGUCAUUAUCAUCUCCUAGCUCAGCAGAGUUGAGACUAGUCAUUGAUAAGAAGAACAUUCAAUGUCCAGAUGAUUUCGCCAUGUUUAGAUGUAAAAUGAGAGGUUUUGACCAAGUCACUCAUAAUGUAGAAGAAAAGUUCACGGAACCCAUCAGUGUGUCUUACUGUGUCUCAUCAGUACAAAGCAAGAGACAUGGAAUACCUCCGGCAAACUAUGCUGGAGUUAUUGUUAUUGCCGCUAUUGGCAUCGUUAUUCUAGUUGCAUCUGGUUUAUUGUGGAAACGUCAUCGUUACAAGAGAGAGAUCUAUGGGGACGACAACAUAUAUACGGAUUUCAAGGUUUAUGACCUUAUCAGAGAAUCAAUUCCACUACGCCGUUUUGUUGAACAUGUGGAAUACCUCAUGAAAAAUGACAAAGAAGAACUGAACGAAGAAUUUAAAGCAUUGCUAAAUUCCCACGAAAAAGAUGAUAAAAGUGCAGCUACUGAUUUGGGCGUCAUUUCAAAGAAAGAACUUGAAAGGAGCAAUUCAAUACCAUAUGAAUUCAAUCGUGUGAAACUCCAAAGACAAGCAUCGGGAUCUAAGAAAGACUACAUAAAUGCAAGUCUCCUUUUGGACGGUUUGUACAUAAUGACACAGUGUCCAACUCAAAAGAAGACAGCGAACUUUUGGCAAAUGAUUUGGGAGCACCAUGUUCCAUCCAUAGUAGUAUUGUCUGCAGAUCGUGAGCAAAGACAGGAAUGUUAUUUCCCCGACAGAGAUGGCGAGGUCCAUUUAUAUGGAAGAAUUGACGUUGAGUUACUUGCAACUUAUAAAGAAUCGAGAGAUAUUACUUGGAGGAAUUUCAAAUUAACAAAGGAAAACCAGUCUAAAACUGUAACUCAUUUUUCUGUUUCUAAUGUGGAAAUGUGUCGGGUUCAAGAACAAUUGCUGAAUCUGAUGGACAUAUUAACACGAACAAAUAAGAAAAUUGAUGCCAAAGGACCAUGUGUCGUUCAUGGGGGCUGUUACGGGAUGGAUUAUAGCAGUGUUUUUAUUGUUGUUGAUCAUCUCGUCAAAUCCACAGUCUCUGGCAGUAGCAGUGUUGAUGUAUAUGGAACUGUCACUCGACUGCUGAAAGAAAGGAUGUUUUCAAUUGAUUCAGAGGAUCAAUAUUGUAUGAUUUACAAUUGUCUUCAGAGCUACUUUCAAAAUUCAACGGAAGUUUAUGGAGGUACUACAGUGAAACACGCCUAUAACGAGGUGCCAAUUAUGGAUUCUACAAAUGUGUAUGAAGACUUAUACUGAUGGUUGCAGGACAUGCACCUAAUGUAACCACGACUGCAGGAUGACUUAGAGAAAUAAUAACGAGUGAUUGGAAUCGAAGCGAUUUGUCGUAAUUAAAUCAUAUACAAUGUAAAAAAUGGAAUCUCAGAAGAGAUUGACAAAAAGAGAAUUACUUAUAUAGUUAACGCAACUAAAUGUAUAUAUUGUGUGGAUAAUUGUAUAUUGCAAAUGUAUAUUGUGUAGAGGUGUUUGAUAGCGUCGUUCGAUUUUGACACGGUAGUCCCGGGUUCGAGCCUGGUCUAUCGCUAUCCUGGUAACAUUGUAACCUUGCACAAGUUACUUUACUCUACUAGUGCACUCUCUCCACCCAGGGGUUAAUAUGGAUACCUGGCACAUGAGACGUGGAGGCUAUGUGAAUAUAAAACCGGGAGUUAAGGAUGCUAUAGAUUGUACGGGUUCUGCCAUGGGGUAAUAUGUAAAAGUCAAACGAGGCAAUUUACUUUGCGAGCACGACUAUUUACCCUUACCUUUUUUACCUUUGUAUAAUUUACAUUUAUUGUCAGAGGAGGGGUGAGAAAAAUGUUCACGUGUUUUUUUUUUAUUGAUCCGAAUUGAAUUGUUAUUUUUUUUUAGUUUUGAUUUUAUUUACAUGUAUGUAGUAUACAAUGUGUAAAUAAUUGGUUUUCUUGUCACCUGAGUGAUUAUGCCAUUUGUCUAAUUUCUCUUAUUUUGUUGUUGCAUCGUGCAUUGUGCGUUGAAAUUUCUAAAACAUAAGAGGGGGGAAUAUAAAUUAGGUUGUGCAUAAAAAUUCUUUUAGUAAUGUCCAUAUAAUUUGUGACUAUAAUAGAUAGAAAAUUUAUAAAAAAAAAAAUUUAGGUGUUAUUCAGAGUGAGAUUCAAUCUUUUAUGCUAAAAAGAGAGGUUAGGAUAGGAGAGUUAAUGUUAGGCUAUGUAUUUUUUUAGCAGUUUGUGCAAACGCUUUUGUUUAAUCCAACCUUCGAUAAGAGAGCGGAAAAAGAGAAAAAUGAGAUAAGAAACCUGUCAGACUUUUGAGUUAACCCAAAUUUCCAUGCUGUUCUAAAGAUUUCCUUAUAAAUCUAUAAUUUUCUGGACGCCAUAUGUAUAAGACUUCAUUCUACGUGUAUUAAUUGAACUUUCAUCACUUCAUCUAAAAUGGUUUUCGGAUAUAGAAGUGCAUAAUUGUCCAGUGCCUCGGACCAUUGCUAUAUGAGGUUACAGAUUUGUGAAGACAUAUUAUAAUAGAAUACUAGACAUUACUGUUUUGAAGAUCUUUGAACAUGCUGCUGAUCUUGCUUUUGAACAAUAUAUCUUUUCAUCAAUCACAUCAAUUUACUUCUUGAACUAUAAAAAUUUGGCAUGUUUUUGAUCCUGUACAUGGUUCAAUCAUACUCAGAUCCCCGUUAAAAACCUCUUGCCUUCUUGUGUUAUUGAUUGGAUAGUUUAAUUUUUGCACAUAUACACAAGAUAUUGUUUAUUUUAGAAUAAGAUUGCUGGGCCAUUUUUAGACCGUUGUCAAAUUGCUUUGCCCAUACGUGAAUUAAAUUUUGUAUA